CGCAAACACCUAAAGGAGGUUUACGGUCAGCAGGAUAACAAAAGUCAACCGCAUUUUCCAGGAUGGCUUAUUCGAGUACUUACAGCAAAAAAGUGAAGUUGGGAAACUGGUUUCAAGAGAAUCUUGUAGAAGAGGAUGGUAAGAACGACUAUCUCGAGAAAAAAGAGAGGGGUGAGCUUGUUACCCAAAAAGUAGACUUCCUCAAAAUGAACAUUUUAAGACCGGUGAAUCUUACUAUGACAAAUGAUGGAAGACUGCACUUUGGGGAUGUCGUGAUGCUGGUCAACAUGGGAGGAGAAAAGAGGGAGUGCAGUGCAGUGAGCAUUAGAGCAGACAUCGACAGUUUGAAGAGGAUUCCUUCGGCUGGCAUUAAAGCUCCAUGUGGAGUCAGUGCAGGAGGCGAUAUUCAGGCCUGCGUGCGCACCGCGUUUAUUAUUACCAGUGUUGAUGGCAGUCCUGAAGGAUCCACUCUGCAUUUUGAGCAAAGCUUUGCUUUAAAAACAACAAGUGGCUUUGCCGGUGGUCUUUACCUGACAAGUGACACGCAAAGUUUUCAAAAGUGUGCCUUGAAGUCCAGGCUACAAGAAGUAAACUUGGACGACAGCGAUUCCUUUAUGGCAUGGUGGAAGGCAGUCCACUUUGACCCCCAAGAAAGGCUUGAAUAUGAAGGACAGCCUGUUCCAGCAAAUGUGACCGUGCUGAUCAAACACUGCAAGACAAACCAGGCUCUUGCUGUUCUGGGAGAUCAUGUGCUUUGGACCACAUAUGACAAAGGGUAUGAGCUGACGGCUCACACCUUCCUGGACUCGCACAAAGCCGAGCAGGACAACAACCACUGGAUACUUUGCACCUCUGACUCUGCAGGGAAAGGGCCCCUAAUUCUCAGCCAGCCUCUGUCAGCGGCAAACAGCGAGGAGCUUCCACUUGCAAACCCUGAUGUCUAAUCUACAGUAACACAGUUCACUCGCGUGCAGUAGUACAAUAACGGCAGAUGGAUACUAGAUCACUGAUAAAACUUUAACCCUUUUAAAAUGAAGCUUGAUUUUGUUAUAUUUGGGUCCUUUUUUUCUUCUAGUACAAAAAUAUUCCAGGAUAAACUUCAGCCUGCAGGUUAAGGUUAUAAGAUACACAUUAGCCAGCCAUACUGCCGGCUUUGUUGAAACAACCAUUUGAUAUUUUCCCUAAAAACAACACUUCGACUGUUUUGGUUUAGCAGUUUUUUGAAACAAAUAAAAGCAUUUUCUAUGAUAACACACAGCAGAAGAAGAGGCAACAGCUUUGGUGCUAACUUAUUAUACUGAUCAAAAACAUGGUCUGACCUUUUGAAAAGGUUGGUUUCUUGUUUUGUUCAAGUAGUAAAGCCACCAAGUGCUUUGUUUGUAUUUUCAGCCUCACAGACACAAUGAAAUGUAUAUUUUCACUUAACCUGCUUAUCUUCAUAUCGUGACUUGUUGUAGCCUUGCACUUAUCUCAGCGUGCAUUGGAGUAGUUGCAGGGUAGACACAAAGUCUACAAAUAUUUUUGUUACUUCCGAAAAUACAGAUUGUUGCUUGUUGCACUCAAAUACACAACAAAGUCAAUCAACACAGCAAAUAAAUAUUCCACAUUCUGUAUGAAUUGCUGCAAAGUGUUUAUUUUUCACUUUGACUAACUGACAUUGUUAGUAUUAGUAGUGUAAAAUAAGGGAAAGGCUGCAAGGGAUUGCACUGGUUUAGGUUUACCACAGCGACUAUGAAGAUAACUGUAACUGUAACUUCAUAAAUCAUGGACACAGAGUUUGAGUUGUUCUUGCCAGAGAAAGGCACACUUUGUAUUUGUGCAUACUCAUACGGUGCUAACAGUCCAAAUGCAUAUAGCUGGCAGAUUAUAUUAUGCAACAGUGUUAUUUUUUCCCACCAGGGCUGUGUCAUACACUCAAAGGCGGAUUGUUGGUCUAUCUGGGCCUAAGGGUAGACAUUAUCUAGGACAUAUUCACACUAACAGACAAGUUAGACAUGUUCUCUUAAUCUCAACUGCUUGUUCGGUGACUGUGGGAGGGAUUUGUACACUUUUGUCAGGACGAGUAGAGUGCAAAGUAAAACGGGACGUCUACCAAAAGAAAUUUACAUUUAAUAAAUACAUUUUUAAAAAUCACAGUGUUGAAUUUAGGCGGAAUUAAUGCAUUUGUGUAUUUUAGAUCAGACAACAUGUUUAGUUAAGUACUUACGAGCAAGGAAAAUGCCACAGGGUGACUGUGUGUCUGAAAAGAGUCCUGGUGAUGAUCAUUAAAUCAAACAAUUUUGGUGGUACAUUUGCCUGCUUUCAAAUAUUUUGCCUCGUUCGCCCCCGCUGUUUGAUUUUGAUUUCGAUGCCAUUGGCAUGACCUUAAAAAGCGUCUUCCCUUGCCAUUAUUCUUUUCCUCUCAACCCUGACUGUCUCUUUCUCCA